AUGCAGGUUAAAAACCAAAUCUGCACCGAGCGGAGCAGCACCGACGACCCGGAGCAGGAUGACAACCAGAAGAAGACCUCGUGUUUUUCCAACAUCAAGAUUUUCCUGGUGUCGGAAUGUGCGCUCAUGUUGGCACAGGGUACCGUGGGCGCUUAUCUGGUAAGUGUUCUUACUACUCUGGAGAGACGCUUCAACCUCCAGAGUGCCGAUGUGGGCGUCAUUGCCAGCAGCUUCGAAAUCGGCAACCUGGCCCUCAUCCUGUUCGUCAGCUACUUUGGCGCCAAGGCCCACCGGCCCCGCCUGAUUGGCUGCGGUGGGAUCGUCAUGGCGUUGGGGGCAUUGCUGUCAGCCCUGCCUGAGUUCCUAACUCAUCAGUAUGAAUAUGAUGCCGGGGACUCGUGGCACGCCGAAGAGGGCAGGGACGUCUGCUCCAACACCUCCAGGUCAGAAAACCGAGACUCUGGGUUUAAAUGUGGCAACCGAGCCAACACCAACAUGAUGUACCUUCUGCUGAUCGGAGCCCAGGUUCUGCUGGGCAUCGGAGCCACACCUGUACAGCCACUGGGAGUAUCCUACAUUGACGAUCACGUCCACAGGAAGGACUCCUCACUGUAUAUAGGUAUUUUAUUUUCAACAUUAGUGUUUGGGCCCGCCUGUGGCUUCAUCUUAGGUUCUCUCUGUACCAAAGUCUAUGUUGAUGCUGUCUUCGACACCAGUACGCUGGACAUCACCCCAGAUGACCCUCGCUGGAUCGGGGCCUGGUGGGGCGGCUUCCUCCUCUGUGGUGCCUUACUCUUCGUGUCGGCACUCUUCAUGUUCGGCUUCCCCCAGUCCCUGGAUGAGCAGGACAUGGACGGUGGAGGGGAGAGUGAGCAGGCCAUGCUGCCUUCUUCCCUGACCUUGGAGUACCAGGGCUCUAAACCCAAUGGGGCCAUUCAUGGCUUUGAUAUGAACAGUGGACUCUCAGUAUGUGAACAUCUGAGAGUAAUCCCCCGGGUAACCAGGCACCUACUCUCUAAUCCGGUGUUCAGCUGCAUCACGCUGGCAGCCUGCAUGGAGAUUGCUGUGGUUGCUGGCUUUGCCGCCUUCCUGGGCAAAUAUUUGGAGCAGCAGUUCAACCUUACCACUUCCUCAGCCAAUCAGCUGCUAGGUAUGACGGCCAUCCCCUGUGCCUGUCUGGGUAUCUUUCUUGGGGGGCUGCUGGUUAAGAAGCUAAACCUGUCAGCUCUGGGCGCUGUCCGCAUGGCCAUGCUGGUCAACUUGGUGUCCACUGCGUGCUACGUCUCUUUUCUCUUCUUGGGCUGUGACACCGGACCUGUCGCUGGGGUUACAGUCGCCUACAGCAACGAGACAUUGAAGUCCUGGCAGCGACCUGAGUCACCGUGCAUCAAUAACUGUAACUGCUACACAGCAUCAGUGAGCCCUGUCUGUGGUUCCAAUGGAAUCACCUACCUCUCAGCCUGCUUUGCUGGCUGCACCAAACCAAACCUGACCGGCUGUACCUGUAUAUCCAGCAACAGUGAAGAGGCGGUAGCUUUACCAGGGAAGUGUCCUAGUCCAGGCUGUCAGCAGGCCUUCCUCACCUUCCUAUGUGUCAUCUGUGUGUGCAGCAUGAUUGGAGCGAUGGCCCAGACUCCCUCUGUCAUUAUCCUCAUCAGAACUGUAAGUCCAGAGCUUAAAUCUUAUGCCCUUGGAGUUCUGUUCCUGCUCCUAAGGCUGAUCGGCUUCAUCCCACCCCCUCUGAUCUUUGGCAUGGGCAUCGACUCCACCUGCCUGUUCUGGAGCUCUGUCUGCGGUGAGAAGGGAGCCUGCAUGCUGUACGACAACGUGGCCUACAGGCAUCUGUAUGUCAGCAUCGCCAUCGCCCUCAAGUCGUCAGCUUUCAUCCUCUACGCCACCACGUGGCAGUGCUUGAGAAAGAACUACAGGAAAUACAUCAAGAACAGCGAGGGUUACCUCACACCAACUGAACUCUUCGCCUCCAAUGUGACUCUGGACAAUUUGGGCAAAGAGAUCACCCAGAACCCAGUCAACAGGACAAAGUUCAUAUACAACCUGGAAGACCACGAGAUGUGUGACAACAUGGAGUCUGUUUUAUAG